AUGCAUCUUUUCUGGGAGAACAUGCUUCCGAACUUGGUGCUGCUUUGGACUGGUGCAUUCAAGAGUCUUGAUGAAGGCGCAGGAUCCUACGAGCUUGAUAAGAAUGUCUGGAAGGCUAUCGGUGCCGCAACAGCAAAGUCAGGCUCAACAAUCCCAUCAGCAUAUGGCCCAUGGCUUCCCAACAUCGAGAGCGAACGCCACCUGUAUACCGCAGAUAUGUGGUCCUUUUGGGCUUUGUUCUUGGGGCCAUCACUUUUGCAGCAGAAGUUUUCGGACAUCAAAUAUUACAACCAUUUUGUUGCACUAGUUGAGCUACUCACCAUAUGCCUACAAUUCGAGCUCACACAAGAUGACAUGAUGAAGGUGCAGCUCGGCUUUGCUGACUGGGUCGCGAAGUAUGAAGACAGAUACUACUAUCAGCUUGAUCCAGAACGCCUCUGCACUUGUGUACUCACCAUUCACGGGCUACUUCAUAUCUUUGACGGCAUUGUUGCUCUCGGCCCAAGUUGGGUCUAUUGGGCGUUUGCAAUGGAGCGGUUCUGUGGUCGGCUCCAGCGAAACAUUCGAAACCGACAGUUUCCAUGUGCUAACCUUGCUACAUUUGUUGUCGCUGAUGCACGCCUGAAGCAGUUGGGACUGAAGUACAACAUCACACAGAUGUUAUCGCUUAAACCACCAACAGACUGUCCGGUGCGCGAACAAGUGUCUGUCGAAGGCUGUACGUAUGGCGUAUUUAUUUUGAAUAUGGCUCAUACGCAAUUCUCUCUAGAUUCAACGUGUGUACUUCUACCGCCGCAUCUGCCAAAGGGCUCCGUUUCCGAGCUCCAGCUGCUGCGCCGGAUUUUCCUCUGUCUUGCAACUCGGUUCAAUGUCACUCUUUCAAUUGCAAAGCGCCAUGUUAAAGCGGACCGUAUCGAGCUGUUUGGCAAGGUCCGGCGGCUCGAUGGUGGUGACACAAUGUGCGCUUCGGAAAUGGUGUCCACGAGUGAUGACCAUCGUGAUGCUACAUACAUUUGGUAUCAAAUUCUCAAAGACCGUAAUGCGCGGCACUGCAAUGUGCCCAAAGUCUUCGAGCUCAUUUCACACUUCGCACAGCUCGUCAACAUCAUUGUCGUUCAUCUACCGCCCAUUAUCAACUUCUGUCUUGACAAGCCAUUCACUCUUGUGCUUGCUGAGGUGCAAACGUGCAAGACCGACGCGUUCUGCAAUACGCCGCUGGGCAUAUCAUGCUACCAGGACCUUGCACCGCCAGAGGUCAUUGACGUGACUUGUGUGCAGUGUCUCGUUGGUCGACUGAAGCUCUCGGAUGGUGCGCGGCCCAUUUGGGCUGUUAUCGACCGCAGCGGCGGGCUGGCAAGGGCUGCUUGGGCCAGCAAGGAUGCUACAUAG